AGAGAAUUUUAAUUAUUAGCACACACGGCGACCAAUAAAACUGCAAAAAAAGAAACCAAAAAUUGUGAAAACAAAAUAGAGUACGACAUGUACGACAUGUUCAUGCAAUAAAACUUAUAUAUGUACGUAUAUGCAUGCCUUAGUGCUGGAAAAGUGGAGAGAUAAGAAAUUUAUAGUUUGACUAGUGUUAUAUACAUAUAUUAACGGAUGAUUAUUUGCAUCAAAAAAUUAUUUUACGAAAGCACUAGUAUGCGCUCAUAAAAGUGAGAAUAACUUCGGUUAAUUAUCUAGAAAAAUUAAGGAAAAUUAGUAAUAAACCAAAAAUGACUUCUGCCGUUGAUAUACAAAUAGUCUCGGCUCCUAAUCUGGCCAAAAUAGAAAGUUUUUUCAAGGAUGCUUCAUACCGUGAAACUAUUGAAUAUAGCGCCAAUUUUAAUACGCGCUUAUGUAUUGAGCGACGUUUGCGUUUGCCUUUCCUAGACCCGCAGACUGGAGUCGCGCAAAAUCAUUCCCAAUUAUUUAUGGAUAAACGGCAGCGUAUGCCUGGUUUUAGACAAGGUCAAAUCUAUACUUAUCCAGCGACAAGAUGGCGUAAAAGUAGACGACAAUAUUUGAGUAAAAUGUAUCGAUUUCCAGAUCGUCCGUUUCAAGCUUUACGUAAAGAUCAUGAAGCAUUAUUGGCUGGUAAUGUUCCAGUAAGUGCGGCGGUGGCUGGUACGUCUUCGCCCACUGUUACAGCCGGCCUAUUACAUGAUCCUGAUUUUAAUGGCGCCUUAAUGGAAGAGUCGUCUUCUUUAGGAGCGGCCGGUGGCGACACUUCAGACAGCAAGGAUAGCCAACAGCAACCACAGCAACCGUUAAAAGAAGACCUGCCGAAAGAUUGGUUUUACGAUGAUAUGGAUAUUAACGAUAAUGAUUCGCUGGAAGAGCCUAAAUCGCCUGCCGAUGAUGAGUAUGAUUAUGAUCCGCGUUAUGGAACUAAAAAGCGACGCAAACGAAAACCCGGCAAAAAAUCGACACUUACGCCAGGUGAAGGACCAGGGCCCGGUAGGAGACGAAGUGGUGCGGGAAGAGGACGGGGAGCUGCGAUCGGAACGUCUGCACCUAUUUUGGGUGACAGUUCUCUUUCCGGUUUUGAUUCAGUAGACGGUCUAACAAACGCAGAUAGUGCUGCCACACCUACUAUACCGACUGGGCCAGGACGUCGUCCACGAGGCACUGGUACACGAGGCAGACGCCGUACAAAGGCAUCAAACGCGAACGUUUGUGAUCCUCCAAGUCCUGGUCUCACCUCUGAACCACCGUCCUUUGAAAGUGCUGCUGCAGCAGUGGGUGUUAUGGGGGAACUGCCGGUGGUAGGUGAUGAUCACAGCGCUGAUUUACGCAACUACCGUAAAUAUUUGUAAUUGUACUCAUUUUUAUCUGUCUGGCGCUCGCUUUAUUAUGAAGAUUUCCUAAACUCAGCACACAAAUCUUUAUGUAAAAAAUAUGUUCUUUUUUGUCGCCUUUCUUUACCUUACUUAGUUUUUCUCGAUUUACAUCGUUUUCUUUUAGAUAUGUCGGGAAAUUAAUGUAGACAUUGUUUCCCCGCCGCAUAUCAUUCGGACCAAAAAUGAAGUGAAAUACAAAUUGAUUUUUGCUUAUUUGGUGCUUAAAAUCUUUUUAAGUUGUUUUUAGUUUUAUU